AGUAUUACAAUGAAGACUACAGUAAAUACGAUUUUGUUCGACGUUUCCAAGAACGAGAUAUUCAAGAUAAAUGAAAACUACAAGCUGCUGCACAGAAAACUGAAGUCGACAUGGAAAGUUAUGAUAAACCGCGAAGAACUCUCAGCCAACAUUCUGCAAGACGUGAAGAUCCUAGUGGUACCAGGACCGCAGAACAUGUUCACGGAUGACGAGCUGGCGUGCCUUAAGGGUAUGGUGGAGCGGGGGGACUCUGUGCUCGUGGCUAUGACCGACGGAGGGGAGGAGCGUAUGAACACGAAUAUCAACUUUUUUCUGGAGGAGUAUGGAAUCGUUGUUAAUAAUGAUUGCGUAGUCCGAGCGAAAUAUCACAAGUUCUACCACCCGAAGGAAUGCCAUAUUUCCAGCGGCAUCUUAAACCGCGCUGUGGCCAAGCAGAUUAUGAAGAUGCCCAACUAUGCGAGUGAAUCCGACGAUUUUCUUGAAGAGCCAGCGACACCCAACUUCGUCUACCCAUAUGGCGCUACACUGACAGUGAAGCGGCCAGCAGCAGCUAUCUUGUCCAGCAGUGACGUAUGCUACCCUGUGAAGAGGCCCAUCGCAGCGCUGUAUACUUCUGAGAAGAGUGGAGGAAAGUUGUUCGUGAUCGGUUCGGGCCACUUCUUCGCCGACCAGUACCUGGAGAGCGAGUGCAAUGACCUGAUCCGGGAGAAGAUCUUCGACCAUCUCGGCGGGAUCGCGGACCUGCAUCUCAAUCCAGUGGAUGUUGAGGAUCCUGACAUCAACGAGUACCGCACGAUCGGCGAUACGAUGUGGCUCUCAUCCGUGCCGCUACCGGAGCCAGCCACCGCGCCGCCGCCGCGCCUCGCCCCGCUGCAUCCGCAUGCUCUGUUCUCCUGGCGACUGUUCUCACUAAACCUGGCUCGCCUACCCGAGGUACUAGGGCUGUAUGAGGCGUUAGGAGUCAAGCACGAGCCGCUCCGACUCAUAGCCCCGCAGUUCGAGACGCCAUUCCCGCCAUUACAACUAGCGGUAUUCCCUCCAACAUUCCGCGAGCCCCCUCCCCCACCGCUGGAGUUAUUCGACCUGGAUGAAGCCCUGAGUUCUGAGCGGGCCCAACUAGCCCGGCUCGCUAACAAAUGUCUGCAGCCCACUGGCCGACUAGGCGAAGGUGACGGAACUCAUAUCGAGAACGAGCUGGAGUACCUGGUACAAGAAUGCGGACGAGUGGUGCGGCUGUCCCGUGCACUGCCCCCUGACGUCCCUCGCGGCAAGACCAUCCUGCACCAGCUGGCAACGCAGCUUGCUACUUUCAAGAAACUUGCUGUUAAGGAUUAGUCUACUUACUCUCUGGCGAUCCAAAGUGUGUCCAUAUGUCCAACUUGGCUGCACAAUUGGACAUCAGUAGUCCGGAACCUGUGUAGUUUGUGCGUCUUUGACCAGUAGUUCGUGCAGAUCCGCGAUCUCAUCGAUAUCUAGACUGAACGGCAAUGACAACACUGAAGGUGUUCCUCCACCACUUACCCGCCACUUUCAGGAAACUCUCUGUUAAAGACUAGUCUAUCUUACUCUCUGGUGUAUUGACCCAAAGUAUGACGUGACUGCUUGCUACUGAUCAUUGUCCUGUGUAGUUUCUGACCAGUCUUUAACCUUAGAACGCGUGCAGAUCCGCGAACUCAUUGGUAACCUACACUGACCGGCAAAGCUCGUGCCCUCUCGAUCACCUUCCUUUGACCAAUUCAUCUAAGUCACCAACUUGACUGCACAAAGUGCUCUCACUUUGUUGGUCACCAAAAGGACUCAGGGGGCUAUAUAGAGGCUAUGUAUUAUGUCUCGUGUCUUCACAAUUAAAUUUGACUAUUAAAAUUUCUACCAGUUCUCUCAAUCGUUUUCAAACAUUGACUAUUGAUCCUUAUCCAUUUGAAAUGUGAGUAUCAGAUAUGAGUUGGUUAUAAGAAUUAAGUGCAGACUUGUCAGCCUAAUGUUGUGAAGCUUUCUAAUACAAGUACCAAUAAAUUAAUGUUCUAAUAAUAAUGUAAAAAGUUGGCAUCUGGUUAGAAAUUGGAAAGUUCAUUUUACAAAGAGAUUUUG